GAUAGAUGUAUAAGCAUGAAAUUUGGGCGCGUAAAUUUUACAGUUCGUGUGCUGUGCUACCAUCCCGGUGAAUGUUUCUUAAAUGAUUUAAGACACCAGUCACAAGUUUUCCGACCAACUGCGAGUGAAUCCGUGUCAACUAUGGCGGAGAAAUCCGGUGCUGGGACCUCCUUGAAGGUUCUACAGCCUAGCAGGCUGAUCACACCAGGCGAACUCACCAAGAGACCUCGGCCUAAAUCAAUUGAACUUGAAACUGGCGUAGCAGACAAGAAACGGAAGAUGGGACUUCCAGAACCUAAGAUGGGACUGUCCAAUCUGACGAGGGCAAAGAGCAAGUCUACCAUGAACCUUGCGGACAAAUCGACAACCAGAGGAGGUCGUCUUAACACAACAACUACAACUACGCGCCCCGCGUUAAACCGUUAUACAGUCUCAAGUGUGCGCCCAGGAAUCGACCGGCGCGCAACUACAGCUAGCGCACUGAACUCGAG